UCGGCAGUUCAGUUCAGUCAGGGCCAGCCAGUGGCUCGCAAUUGCCAUUGCCAUGCCCCAGUUCUUCAAGUUUUCGAAACUGCGAACAAAGCGACGUAGUUCAUCCAAAUCUGAUUUUGUUUUCAUAUCCCCCCCGACGACACCGCUGCAGAUGAACUAUGACGGCCUGCUGUCCAAGUUGACGGAGGACAAGCUGAUGCUCUUCGAUGCCGGGGAAGGAGCCAUUGUCGAGGGCGGACGUUGCAGACAGGAUGUGCCUUCACUGCCACUUGUGGAGGAUGGUGCCAUCGAAGAGGAGCAGGCAGCGCCCAUACAAACGAUUCCACGCACCGUGUUCGCCGUGCCCCGUGCUCCAUCGCCUUCCCCCGUGAGCACAUCGAGUGCGAACUUGAACCUGAAAGCGGAAAGUGCUGCGACAGCGACACCUCAGCGUAAAAUAUCGACGUCAUCACGUUUCAUGAAUGCCUUCAGUCAGCUAUAUAGCGGCGGCAACAAUUCAAGCUGCGGUCACGUGGAGCAGCAGCAGCAGCACCACCACCAUAGCGAAGACCCCGACCUGGCCGCCAAUCGUACGCCAACAAAGGGCAUGGAGUCCAAGCUGGUGGCCAUGUGGCACAAUGUCAAGUACGGAUGGAGUGGCAAGAUUAGGCAAACGAGCUUCUCCAAGGAGCAGCCGGUGUGGCUCCUCGGACGGUGCUAUCAUCGACGAUUCACGCCACCCGUCAGCAUGGAGAGCUCGACCACAGAACUUCCCAGCGGUGCUGACUCAACGCCCGACCAUGCCACAUCCGCCUUCGAUAGCAUACCAGCCAGCUCGACCACCGCCUCCUCGUCCCUGUAUCCCUCACUAAAUCCACAGCAAAUCGAUGAGAUUGUUGUGCCCCAGGAGCUGGGCAUGGAUGCGGUCGAGAAUCAGGUGGGAGAACAGCCCUGGGAGGAGGGCAUCGAGGGCUUUCGCCGCGACUUUUACAGCCGCGUUUGGAUGACCUAUCGCCGUGAGUUUCCCAUCAUGAAUGGCUCCAACUACACUUCGGACUGUGGAUGGGGCUGCAUGCUGCGCAGCGGCCAAAUGCUGUUGGCUCAGGGUCUCAUCUGUCACUUUUUGGGGCGCAGCUGGCGCUAUGAUUCGGACUCGCAGCUGCAUUCCACAUACGAGGAUAAUAUGCAUAAGAAGAUCAUCAAAUGGUUCGGGGAUAGCUCCUCAAAGAGCAGCCCCUUCUCCAUACACGCGCUGGUGCGACUAGGCGAAACUUUGGGCAAAAAGCCAGGCGACUGGUACGGUCCUGCCUCCGUCUCCUAUUUGCUAAAACACGCCUUGGAACACGCCGCUCAGGAGAAUGCAGACUUUGACAAUAUCAGCGUUUAUGUGGCCAAGGAUUGCACGAUCUACAUGCAAGACAUUGAGGAUCAGUGUAGCAUUCCGGAACCAGCCCCCAAACCCCAUGUGCCUUGGCAGCAAGCCAAGCGACCGCAGGCGGAGGCGCCAACCAAGCAGGAGUCACAUCAGCAGCACUGGAAAUCUUUGAUUGUGCUCAUACCCUUGCGCCUGGGCAGCGAUAAGCUGAAUCCUGUUUACGCCCACUGCCUGAAGCUGCUGCUGAGCACCGAACACUGUCUGGGCAUCAUUGGGGGCAAGCCCAAGCAUUCGCUGUACUUUGUGGGUUUCCAGGAGGACAGACUCAUCCAUCUGGACCCGCACUACUGCCAGGAGAUGGUGGACAUCAAUCAGGAGCACUUUUCGUUGCAUUCCUUCCACUGCAAGUCGGCGCGCAAGCUGAAGGUCAGCAAAAUGGAUCCCAGUUGCUGCAUUGGCUUCUACUGUGCCACCAAAACGGAUUUUGACAGCUUCAUGGAGAGCGUGCAAUUGUAUCUGCAUCCCAUGCGCUGUGCCUCAGGGGCCACUGUGGAUAAGAUGACUGGCAGCCAGCACCAGCAGCAGCAGGCGUCGGAACAGACCGAACAGCCCAUGGAAAUGAACUAUCCGCUUUUUUCGUUCUCCCGCGGCCGUUGCAUGGACCAUGAACGCGACGAGAUGAGCGAUUCGCUAUACAAACCGCUCAUAAAGCAGGUGGCAGCUUUGACACAAGAGCUGAAUGCCGGUGCCCAGCUCUUGCCGCCACAUCAUGGACACUUUGACCAAGACCAGGAUGAUAGCGAAAGCGAAGAGUUUGUGCUGCUGUAGGUCGUGUUCUGUGUUAUUUAUUCAAUAUUUGUUUGCUAUUGCUCGUUUGCCUAGAAAAACCCAACAGAAGCCCCCCGGUAUCUCAAA